AAAAAUAAAAAUUCUCUCUCAAAAGAAAAAAAACUGAAGCUCUUAGAGAUUUAUUUAACCUUUGAUUUAGCUUCACUGACAUGAGGAUCAUAUUACUGCCUUAAUAGGUGUAUUUAACAAGCUCAGAGUGAUAACAUCAGUAAGCAUAUAGCAGCACAUCAUCUAGCACUUAGUGAGUGCUCAAUCACUGUCAGGCAGCAGUAGUAGUCAUGAUGUCAGGUGUUAUUAACUCAUGGGCCCUUGUCUUGUGGCUCACUGGCUCUGCAGGCUUCCCCCAGACUUUUACAUAUACCUAUAUCACCAGAAAGGAGCAAGGAAGAGAAGGGAGGGAAUCCAGAGGAUGGAGGUGAGAGAGCUCAGAUCUCCUUCCUACCCUAGGCUUCUCCAUCAACAUUAAUAGCAAUUUCUGAAGAGCAGGAAGGGAUUUGGCAUCUCCUGGAAGGAAGAGAAGCACACAGUCCCCUCUCUCCUCAAGAAACUUAGAUCUCUUGGUCCCUAAGGCAGCUGCAAUAAGUCCUCUCCAGAGAGGGUCAUGAAGUGGAUAAGCUGCCUUUUUCCUGGCCAGGAUAUUGGACCUAAUCCUCCCUCCCUUGGGCCUCAGUUUCACUGUCUGAGGCCUGUGGGAAGAAAGUGCUUCCUGCCUCAGUCUCCAUGGCAACCGCAAUCGAUGUCAGUUGUGUCUGACAUCCCGAGAGGUCACUGCCACCUUCUCCACCUCCUUAUAUUCUCAUAUAGUCCUUGUUAAUACAAUUACACAACUAUAGACCCAUUAUACAACAUAGCCAUGCCUACCAAAUUUCAGAUCCACAUCCUACAACUCUACUAAACACACCUUCCUGCAUACAUACUCAGAAAUACUCCCACACAUUCACACAUGCAUCCACAGACAGCCAGACCCCAUACAAAUGAUACACAAACACAAACUUUUGUGUAAGUGCACAGACAAAUGUAUGAGGGGACACACAUACUUCCAUACCAGCAAACCCAAAGAAAAACACCCAUACACCUAUAAUAUAUUCUAUCCCAUACCACAAACUUGGGAGGGCCGGAAACGGUCACUGUGCUUGUAGUCCUUGCUGUCAGUCAAGGUCUUGAAGCAGUUUGGCCUCUUUGAACAUAUCUUCUUGGGAGGUAACCCAGGUAUCUGGGCAUCUAUCACCCAUAUGCUGAUUGUAGUUUCUGUAAUACAUGCACCCUGCUCUUCCCUGCUGCCCUAUCCCUGUGGCCCAGAAUGGUCACAGGGUGUUUGGGGGAAGCAUUCUCGGGGACGGUGGCAGGUCACUGCCUCCCUCCUCUGGCCUAUAUCCUUCACACCAGAAGUUCUCUGGGAGGUGGCCCCAUGAAGAGGAAGAGGCGGCGGCUGUGGCUAGGAGGCUUGUAGGGCAGAGGAGAAGGAGGGAGAGAGGGAGGAGACCCAGGGCGGGAGAACCGGAGGGAGGCUGCGGGUGAUCCUACUCUGGCUGGGGAGCCUGAGGGGGAGGUGGCUUGAGGCUGCCUGCGGUGCGUCCCAGUCUCAGCCGGAUAGGGGCCAUGCCUGGGGCCCGCCAUGAACCUCGAAGGGCUAGAGAUGGUCGCCGUGCUUGUAGUCCUCGCUCUGUUUGUCAAGGUCCUGGAGCAGUUUGGCCUCUUCGAGCCUGUCUCCUUGGAAGACAGCGUAGAGGAUGAAUUUGAACUGUCCACUGUGUGUCACCGACCAGAAGGUCUGGAGCAGCUGCAAGAGCAAACCAAGUUUACACGCAAGGAGUUGCAGGUCCUGUACCGGGGCUUCAAGAACGAAUGUCCCAGCGGAAUUGUCAAUGAGGAGAACUUCAAGCAAAUUUACUCCCAGUUCUUUCCUCAAGGAGACUCCAGCACUUACGCUACUUUUCUCUUCAACGCCUUCGACACCAACCAUGAUGGCUCUGUCAGUUUUGAGGAUUUUGUUGCUGGUUUGUCGGUGAUUCUUCGGGGAACCAUAGAUGACAGGUUGAAUUGGGCCUUCAACCUGUAUGACCUCAACAAAGAUGGCUGUAUCACCAAGGAGGAAAUGCUUGACAUCAUGAAGUCCAUUUAUGACAUGAUGGGCAAGUACACAUACCCUGCACUCCGAGAGGAGGCCCCAAGGGAACACGUGGAGAGCUUCUUCCAGAAGAUGGACAGAAACAAGGAUGGUGUGGUGACCAUUGAGGAAUUCAUUGAAUCUUGUCAAAAGGAUGAGAACAUCAUGAGGUCCAUGCAGCUCUUUGACAAUGUCAUCUAGCUCCCCAGAAGAGGGAGUUAGUGUGUCCUGGGGGCACCAUGCUCUAGUCCUAGUUCAGGCAGACCUCACCCUUCUCUUCCCAGGUCUAUCCUCAUCCAAGCCCUACCCUGCGGGCUAUAGGGAUUGAAAAGCCUGGGGCUUCUGUAGUCUAGAACCCUGGAUUUGAAGGGGCCAGAGAGUGGGCAAAGUACAUCUGGUGGGUGUUCCCAACUCCCAACAGCUUUUACCCCCUUUUUGCCUGACACCCAGUGCUAAGGGUGCCUCUGCUAUAAGAAAUGAAUGAUUGCCCACCUCCUACCCCAAUUCUAAGAAACCACAACACUAGACAGAAUGUUUCCUGCUAUGGUGCUUCCCCAUCCCUGAUCUCACAAACACUUCCCCUAAGACUCCCUUCUCAGAGAAUGCUCUGUCCUUGGCGUACCGGCUGGCUUUUCAUACCGCCUUUGAGAGCCUUGUGGGAGGGAAACAGAAUACUAAGGGAGAAAUCUUGGUCCUGAGCCAGUGGUUUGUUCCUAGUAUCUGACUGGAGUGAAGAACAGAAAGACCAUGGAAGAGCAUUAGAGCUCAGGCAUGUUGGGCUAAAGCUUCAAGUCACACAGUGUGCUACUCCAGGCCACUAGCAUUUCCAAAGUUUUCAGAAGGCCUUAUGCCCCAGAAAUUUUCCAUACCCUUCCAGUAUCAUAGGAUACCAGGUAUCUUGGGAACCAGAUAUCUGGCUUAUCCCUGAAAUUCCUUCCUCUCCCUCCUUCCUGCUUGUAUGUGGUAGUGGUAGGGAUUGUGGGUGGGAGAUGUCUUAGUUGAUGCGUAACAAAGUUUCAGCUUGCUUUUCCUGCUCAUUGCCUGUUUUGAUGGCUAUGACUUGAGUUUUCACCUGCCAUAUCCUCUAAAUUUGGAGGCAUGGAGUGAAUCAGGGACUUUCCUGAACAUGGAUCCCAUCACCCCUCCCAGUGGAUGCCUUAGAGGGAGAACGAAGGAGGAAGGCAGGCAUAAUAUUUGAACCCAGUGGGGGGGGGGCAUAUAUUAGAACCUUUGAUCAACCAGGCUGCACCCCAAACCCUUAUCUAGCCUCCUUAACUCCCUGAGUCUCCUCUUCCUCUACUCAGCCCACCCAGAGAUGCCAUUUAGCACACGAUAGGACCCAGGUUGUCCCACCUCAUCAUCAGCACUCCUGCCAUGCUGCUACUCCAUAAUAUAUCUGCUUGUCCCAUUCAGCUCACCCUCCCAGUCAGCCAGAAUCUGAGGGGAAGGGCCCCCACGGACCUCCCUGUCCCAUCAGACACUGCUGACUGCUUUGCAUUUUUGACUCUUCUGUAUAUUUUGUAAAAUAACAAAUACACCAGAUCCAA